AUGGAGAGUGUCGUGCAAAGCAUAUUUGUGUUGAUUUUUACUGUGGAGUUUAUAAUGGGAAACUUAGGAAAUGGAUUCAUAAUUCUGGUGAACUAUAUGGACAUGAUCAACAGCAGAAAGAUCUCUGCAGCUGAUCACCUGCUCUCUGCUUUGGCAAUCUCCAGGAUUGGCCUGCUUUGGUUGGUAUUCACAAGUUGGUGUAUUCAUGUAUUCUAUCCAGAUUUCUUCAUAAAUUUAGUAAUGGUAAGAGUAGUUUAUACUACUUGGAUCGUAACUUUUCAUUUUAAUGCCUGGCUUGCCACAUGCCUCAGCAUCUUUUACUGUCUCAAGAUAGCCAAUUUUUCCAACUCUAUUUUUCAUUACUUUAAGUGGAGAGUUAAAAAAGUGGUUUCAAUCACAUUGGUGCUGUCUUUUGCUGUCUUAUUUUUAAACCUUUUGCAGUCAAAUAUAUAUAUGAGUAUCUUAGCUGAUGAGUAUAAAAGAAGCAUGUCAUACAAUUUCAGUUCACGUUACUUGCCUGAGUUUUCAAAACUACUUUUCUUCAGCAACAUCAUGUUCACAUUCAUAGCCUUUGCUCUGUCUCUGGUGAUUUUUCUCCUGAUCAUCUGCUCCCUGUGGAAACAUCUGAAGAGGAUGAAGCACAGUCUCAGAGAAUCCAGAGACAUCAACAUCUCAGCCCACAUAAAGGCCUUGCAAGCUGUGGUUGCUUUUCUAGUACUGUACAUGACUUUCUUUCUGUCACUUUUAGCACAACUUUGGAAACAUACAUUUCCUGCUUUAAUCUUUAGUUACACUGCUCAAAUCGCUUUUCCCUCAGUCCAUUCCUUUGUCCUAGUCCUGGGAAGUAGUAAACUGAAACUGGCCACUCUUUCGUUGUUGAGAAGUCUGAGGUGUGAAUCCAAAGAUGCUGAAUCUUCAGGUUAA